AUGUCGAAAUAUGACGGCGCCCUCGAGCGCAUCGAUGCCGCACACAAGGAUGACCCGAACACAAUAACCACCAACGACACCACAAAACCCUACGAACUCCACUACGCCGAGCAAAUGACAUUCUAUCUCGAGCGCCUAAAUCCCAAUGCCCCCGAGCUUCUCCGUCUCGCCAUUCGUGCCCAGCACCUCCGCCGCUGGGAAGUCCCGCGCAGCUCCUACCCCGCCACGAAGAUCGGAUAUCACUCCUGGCGUGCGGGGCUACAGCGACGACAGGCCGCGCUGGUGAAAGAGAUGUGUGUCGAGGCUGGAUAUAGCGAGGAGGAGGCGACACGCGUCGGGGCAAUGGUGCAAAAGGCGGAUUUGAAGGCCGGUGACCCCGAUACGCAGACGUUGGAGGAUGUGGCCUGCUUGGUUUUUUUAGAUGACCAGUUUGACAAGUUCGAAAAGGAUCUCGGGGAUGAGGAGAAGAUGGUUGAUAUAUUGCGCAAGACUUGGGGCAAGAUGUCCCCUGCUGGUCGGGACGAGGCGCUAAAGCUGAAUUUAUCGGAGCGAGCGCUGACCUUGGUCCAGAGGGCCUUGGCCGGGUGA